UCUAUGAGAGUUAAGAUUGUUCUUAACUUUCCCAGUGAAAUUACUGAGGCUUAAAAGCAUUAACUGACUGCACCGUGUUCAGUAUCUUGGUGUUGUAGUGAUGGGGGGAAUUGCCUUAAUUAUGGUGGAGAAAUAAUGGCAAGCCCUUAUGUUACACUGGUUUUACUUCAAGAUGCUAACUGAGGAACAAAAAGAAAAGUAUGCGGAAAUGGCUCGUCAGCGGAAAGCUAAGAAAUCAGAAGUAGCAACAAAAGAGGUGAAUGAAUGAAUCUGGAAUAGGGAAAAUCAGUUUUAUAUUUUCAGAGCCGCCCAGGCAAGUCCCACCACCUCUUCCCACAUUUCCUUCCGCACAAACUGAGAAGAGAUUUUCUGCUGCAAACCCCAUUGGUCCACCUGGGAAGAGUGAUAAAGUUGUACUUGAAACCACAUUCUUCUACCUGAAUAUCUUCAGCCAUGGAGUUCUGCCCCCUCAUUGCAAACAACGUUUCCUUCCUUGCGAAAUUGGAUGUGUGAAGUAUUCACUAAAAGAUGGCAUAAUUGCAGAGUUUCAUCACUUUGUAGAUCCUGGAGAGGUUCCAAGGGGAUUUCGCUUUCAUUGCCAGGCAGCAAGUGAUGCUACACAUAGGAUUCCCCUAUCUGGCUUUGAGCUUGCAACUGCAAAUUACUCCAUUGUGUUACGUGAGCUCUACUCAUUUAUUCAGCCACGGUGGGGCACCUGGCCACCUGUGUAUUGUAAGUCUUCUGACCAGUUUAGGGUCAACUGGUGCCUGCAGCAUAUGGCUAGAGAAGCGGGCACAGUUAAUAAUCUGGAGAGUCUCUGUGUGGAAGACCUUGUUGUGGAGCUGUAUUAUCAGAAGCUUCAAAAGGAGCCUUCUAAGGCAUGGGUGUGUAACUCCCUGGAUGCCUCCAUGUGGGAUUACUCCAGCAAUACUAGGUGCAAGUGGCAUGAAGAAAACGAUGUAGUGUUCUGUGCUCUUGCUACUUGCAAGAAAAUUGCAUACUGUAUCAGCAAUUCCUUAGCCAAUAUGUAUUGUGUCCAGCUGACUGCAUCUCACUUACCCUUGUGUGAGAAGGACUCCCAAAACACAGCAAAUCCUAAAAUGGUGGUUCUGGAUGCUGGACGUUUCCAGAAAAUGAGGGCUGCUGAGCGCCCUGGAAAUGAAAGGUACUACCGAUCUCUUAAUGAGGAGCUAGGUGCUGCCUCUUGUACUGGUCAGCAUCCUUCAGGAGUGAAAACAGCAGGUGAAACAACUACUAGGCGUGGAAGAGGAAUAGCCUGGUUUCUGGAAAGCGUCUCAAAGCAGUCCAGCAGUUAAGACAUUUGCAGUACAGUGCCUCCCAUUCAGAACUGCUCUGCAUAUAAUGAUUCCCACCAUCUUUGGGAAUAUAAAUACUUUAUAUUUCCUUAUUCUGUCAUGUGUUAAAUAUUACCUUUAAUGAAAAAAGCCAUUCUAAUCCCAUUGCAAGGGGAAAAAUUUAAGUUUUUAAAAUAACAAACGUUAUUGUGAGUUAUGAAUAUUAUUUUUGUAUGUAGGAAUAUUUAGUAGAAACUUGAAAUAAUGAAGUCAGUAGGAUAAGAGAUUAGAUAAUGAAACCAGAAGGGCAACUUUGUGAAAUGAUGUCUGGAUUUUUAAGUUCUGUUGUGGCUUUUCUUGAGAGCAAAGCCUAUUUACACCUACUGGUGCCUUACUGAAGUAAACCUUUGCUAAGGAACCAGUUGCAAUUAUGUUUUUUUUAAUAAGCUAUUCUAGGAUUUGGUAUGGUACCAAUUACAUAUUGUUUUUGUCAGAGGGGCAAGGUUUUGGUAUAAAGCCCUUAAAUUAGCCAACAAUAGAAGCAACAUACAUUUUUUGGUAAAACUUGCAAUCCGGUAAUAUCUCCCCCAUAAAA